UGGAGUUAGGAGAUUGUCAUACAGUACUUCCUAUUUUUUUUACAUCCUGUAUGGUUCCUCGCUUCUCCACACAACGACCAUUACAACUCAAGUUUACUACGACUGUCCUCUGUUGCUCCAUUCUCCAUUAUGUCCUUUAAUGAUACAUCCACAACUCCACGGAGAAAAUGGAUCCCUUGUAGUCAUAGAUGGGGGGAGAAGAUGAAAGCGCUUGCUCAUAUGAAGGAGAGUGAGGUGAUGAAAGUCGGGGGGCUGACGUUCGUCGAUGAUAAGAAGUUCAUGAUCAUCCAGACAGAGAAGACUGAAGUCCUCUUGGGCCUCCGGGAUGAUGGCACAGAAGUUGCCAUAAAGAGGAUGCGCAAAAGCAGCUUCAAAGAGGUCCUACACGAGUUGGAGGUGUUACUGAAGCACAGGUUUACCAGUCGUCACGUUGUGCAGUAUGUGGACUCUGCAGAAGACAAGUACUUUGGGUACAUAGCCAUGCAGCUGUGUGAGUGCACCCUGGCAGAAUACAUAUCAGCUAGACAGCCAGCACCAUCAGGUUCAGAGAGGAAAAGAAUAGCAAAGGAGUUCCUCAAGGGUCUGAAAGACCUUCAUGAAGCUAACGUGAUCCAUCGGGACAUCAAGCCUCAUAACGUCUUAAUUGAUAAGGAUGGACGGGUGAGGUUGGCAGAUUUUGGUUUAAGUCGUAUGUUAGACCUGGACCAGACAUCAAAGGAGACGGGCAAUGCUGGAACACAGUGCUGGGUGGCCACAGAAAUAAUAAAAAACAUUCUUGCAGGGAAGACAUCUCGGUACAAGCGAAACACUGAUAUACAGGUGGCAGGUAUGCUGGUCUACUACAUUCUCUCAGGUGGAAAACAUCCCUUUGGAGACCCUGUCCAUUGCCACGGCAACAUUUGUGAUGGGAAAUACACUCUUCAAGACCUUAAUGACGACGAGGCCAAGGAUCUGGUUGAGAACAUGCUCAACGUCAAUCCAAUGGAGAGACCUCGCAUAACAGAAGUUCUCAAGCAUUUCUAUUUCUGGGAGGAGGACAGAAAAGAGAUGUUCCUGAGAGAGGUGGGGAAUGUAGGGGAGGUUGAAAAGUAUGGAGACCUCAGUGAUGAUGAGAGCCUGGUGAAGAAGAUGCAGGGGAAGACCUUCUCCACAUGGAAAACUGAGCUGAAAUCUGUGACUGACAUGGAUGACAUGAAGAAGGAAUGGUUGAGUCUUGUGGAGAAAUUUGCUAAAGAUGGCACAAAGUUUCCACAGACGCUGUUAUGUCUACUACGCUUCAUACGCAACCGAUGGGUGCACAGUAAAGAUGAAAUGAAAGAAAUCAACGUGAUGAAGCUCUUCCCUGACCUUCUUGGCACGGCCUACAACUGUGCCAAAGAGAGAGAAUGGGAGGUUAAAGGUUUCCUUCCCCUGAGUUCCUCAGAAAAGAGGAAAGCUGAGUCGUCCAUCCCAACCCAGGUAUGGGGCCAGGAGCCUGGUGGCCAAACCCAGGAGAUGAGGACAGUGACUGAAUCCAGCCUGAUGGCCAGGCCUUCCCGAAGUGGCCAAACCCAGGAGAUGAGGACAGUGACUGAAUCAAGCCUGACGGAUGUGGCCAGGCCUUCCCAAAGUGGCCAAACCCAGGAGAUGAGGACAUUGAGUGAUUCAAACCUGACGGAUGUGGAUGGGCCCUCCCCAAGUGGUCGGAGCAGCAGUAACACUACGGUGGCUCCUUCAGUGUCCCAUAACCAAGUCCAUGGAAACAUGAACAUCACAACACAUAUUCACGGCCAGAGCAACAGUCAAACUGUGGGCCCUUCAGUGCCUUACAACCAAUUGCAAGGAGAUGACAGUGUCACAAAUCAUAUUGAUGCGUCUGCACCAUCAAGGCAUCCCAAUCCAGGGCAGGAAUUCUUCUCCAACCACAAGGGGACUCUGGAGACGCGUCUUCCCUCUGCCCUCACCUCCAUCCUGAUUCCGCUCCAGAAGGGGCGGGUUCUUAAUGACCUUGAGCGGGAGCAGGUGGAGAGCAAAUCCACCAGAGCGGAACGGAACUAUGUUCUGCUAACUAUGAUACAGAACAAGGGAGCCAUAGCCCAACGGUUGUUCUACGAGGUUCUAAAGGAGGCCGAUCCUGUUCUCAUGAACGACCUGGAAGGAACCAACUGAAUCUUAACCAGGACAAGCGGAAUACUCCAACAAGUGUUCUAUGAGGUUCUAAAUGAGGGGGAUCCAUAACUGGUUCAGGAGCUUGAGGGCUAAUGUCAUAUUUGAACCCAUAGGCUCUGUGAACAGAAAAAAAGAAGAAAAUAUGCAGAGAAACACUGCAUACUGUAUAUCUUUUAACAAAACAAAUUACUUGCAGCAGACAAACAUAAAAUUGAUUGAAAAUACAUAUAAUGUAAGUUGCACUGAUAAUUUAAAAGUGGUUGAACAGCGAAUAAGUUGAACGUCUGUUCAUAUGAUUUUGUUAUCAAUUCAAAUAAACGUUUUAUAAGUAUU